AUGACGACACUUCACCCAAUCAUACAUCGCGGACCUACCUCCUUCUACUCGUGCGCGUCUGGUGGUAUUGCCAGCGAAGGACUGAAGAACAAUCAUAUCGCCUGCACGAUCAUUGACAUCAUGUCGGGAGUAGAAGGUGUUCACCCUUCCCGCCAGAAGUUGAUGUGAGUCCAGCCGUUCAGGAUAUGAUUUUCCUUUCACUAACACGCAACAGAAGUUCUCCACGUAGGAGCAACAGCAACCCCACGGCCAAAGACAAGGGCAAGAAGAAGAAGAAGAAGCCAAGCAAGUCCAAACGUAAGUCACAGUGGCGUAUUUCCAUCUUGGAGCGUCGAUCUCCUCACACGUAGACUUCACAAUCGUAUUGCUACAGAUGCAGCACCACUGACACCUUGGUAGACAAGAAGAGUCAGCCAGCCGAUCCAAGCGCUCCAGACCGUGAUACUCAGGGGUAUGGCCCUUCAACCCUCGCACCACCUCCAGCGCCACCACCACCACCACCACCUGCUGCUACACAGUCCAACUUUAUCAGAGAACAACAGCCAGGCCCAGAACCACACCCCUCCCACCGCCCAAACCUAGCCUUCAAAACCGGCUUCAGCUACAUCUCAAGCCACGGCAAAAUCUCCCACAUCACAGCCCGCGACUACACCUCCCUCACCUCCCUCCUCCUCGACACCAACCACACACCCACAACCCUCAGAUCCCUCGCCACCCUCGACCUUCUCCUCUCGAAUCCCCGCAUCUUGCACUUUUUGAAGUACCAUCCCCCGAUCGACAGGGACAUGUAUCGAUGUCGGGAUCUCUUGAAAUUGAUCGUCUCUGCGGUUAUGGGCGAGGGUGUGACUGCGGCGUCAAUGGCGCAGUCGGAGACGGUACUGGCGAGGUGGGAGGGGUUGAUUGCACAGGUGCUGGAGAAGAUGGGGGCGAGGAGCGGUGGAUAUGGCUCGACUGACGCUUUCACCCAAGCUCUAGAGGAAGCGAUCGCGGUGGCCAAGGAGGCAAGAGCAAUGGUGGUUGGUUCCGCGAAAGCGGCAGGCACAUUUGGAAGGGCAUCUAUAGCAUGA